GGGGGGGAGUCUAAUUCCUUGAAGGUCCUUGACAGGAAAACAAAACUUGAACGCCCCUUGAUGCAAGUAGUUAUUUCCAACAUUAAAACCCAUCUGUAAGGUUUAAGUGAUCAUAAAUAUGCAACAUAUAUGCGCAUGUAUACAAUAGCUGCCUGUCUCUUUAAGACGAUGUGUUGAGAGGUUCAAGUCGGGGUCACUUGAAGUUCCUGCCCUCAAUUUUACCUUUUAGUUUUAUUAUAGACUGACAUCACACGGGGCGCUAAAACACUUAAGGCGCAUAGAGGCUCCAUUAUCAUCCCGGUGCGCGUUAUUGCUCCGACUCAAAAAUAGCUAAGGAAAUUACUAAAAAAAAAAAAAAAAAAAAAAAGAAAUAGGAGGAAACUGAUGCUGGUCUAAGCACGUAUUUUUUCAUAGGAGGGGAUGAGAAAGAGGGGAGAGGAGGGGCAGAGACACAGAGAGAAAGAGGGAGAGGGAGGAAAGUGGGUGGGAGGACGGACCUAAGGAGCGACAAGAAAUUCAUAUCAAUUAAUAAUCAUAAAAAAAGAGCUGGCAGACGCGCUCGGAAAACUGGCAUGGUUUUUUGGAGGCUGGCAGUUCAAAGCUGAAACGUCAGAUAUGACUCCUAGAGACUGCUGAGAUGAUCAUUAAGGGAGACUUAGAUCGGAUGGCAGAAGACAUCGGGCAUGCAGAUAUCUGUUGUUUCAGGUGGCGGACUGAAGACGAUGCUGGGUGCCAUGGAAGUUCCAAGUCAUGCUAGGGAUCUCCUCCUGCAGCUCAACAGCCAGCGAACCAAGGGCUUCCUGUGUGAUGUUAUCAUUGUGGUGCAGAACGCCCUCUUCAGAGCUCACAAGAACAUUCUGGCUGCCAGCAGCCUCUACUUGAAAUCAUUGGUGGUCCAUGACAAUCUCAUCAACCUCGACCACGAGAUGGUGAGUCCAGGGGUCUUCAGGGUCAUUCUGGACUACAUCUACACAGGCCGUCUUAGUGAUGGAGACCCCACCUCUCCAACUGAACCCAAUCUAGGGGCUGUCUUGGCAGCAGCCAGCUACCUUCAGCUGCUUGACUUAGUGGCUUUGUGCAAAAAGAAGCUGAAAAGAAAUGGCAAAUAUCCUCCCCGCCCAGGUCCUGCAUUUCUGCCCUACCCAAAGAUGGGGCCCAAUAGUAUGGGUUUAGGGAGUGGUGGCAGGUAUAGGGUUUCCACUCCUGUCAUUCAGUCCUGCCCUCCAGGAGGAAUUUUGAAUAGCCACGCAAACCGGGCACCACCACUAGAGGAGCUAGUUCCCCAUCGACUAGCCCUUCAUGCUGGGGAGCUGUAUGCCCCCACCUCCAACCAGGGCUCUCAGGUGUUCCCGUCCCUGCAGUCAGCUCUGCCUGCCCAGCUUGGGCGUUCAGCUCACCCUGAUAGGAACUGCUCCCCCAACUACGGCCUUGAUCUCUCCAAGAAAAGCCCCAACUCUCAAUCUCAGCACACACCCUCUCACUCCCAUCUGGCAAACACUCACAAUGAUGAGGAGCGAGACGGAACUCUGAGUGGCCACACCAGCCCCAUGCAGGGGACGAACGGGAGAGCCUUCCCUUCAGAAAAAAUGGAGUCGACCGACCAGGCAAGCUCUCUCACUCCUCCUCCCAUCCCAUUCUCCCAUCACAACCAGCCUCUUGGCCCACACCUUCCCCAUCUGCAUCGCUCCGGCUCCCAGGGCACAGAUCGCUACCCAUGCCCCCCAAGCCCUGAUACCCCCACAGAAGGUGCAGAAGCAGGCAGAGAAAUGGGCAACAUCUACCGCUGGGUGAAACAUGAGCCACUGUCAUACACAGCUGAAGAUGAUGAUGAGGAUGAGGAUGAGGAAGAAGGUGGUGAAAAUGGAGAACAGCAUCACAACCACCACAAGGCUGGGGAAGAGAGUGAAGGAGCAGACGACAAGAGUGGGUCUGGCACAGAGGAGACAGGCAGCAGUGAAGGCCGUCCGUCCCCGCCUGGAUCGAUGGGGAGGUUCCACAUGCCGUAUGAGCCAGAAAGCUUCGGGGACAAUCUGUACGUCUGCAUUCCCUGUGACAAAGGCUUCCCGAGCUCAGAGCAGCUUAAUGCACACGUGGAGACACACACAGAGGAAGAGCUGUACGGCAACUCUGGUGGUGAGAUGGGAAACAGCAAUAACAGCAGCACCAAAAACAUGACCAAUAAUACAAAUGGUUAUGGGAGCCUGAACAGCAGCAACAGUUUGAACAGUCUGUCCCACUUGGAGACCAAGACCAGCCAGGGUCUGGGUUCAGGGGGCAUCGGAGAGAUGAUUCGACCCUACCGCUGUAACUCCUGUGAGAAGUCCUACAAAGAUCCAGCCACUCUGCGCCAGCAUGAGAAGACCCACUGGCUGACCCGGCCUUACCCCUGCAGCAUCUGCGGCAAGAAGUUCACGCAACGUGGCACCAUGACCCGCCACAUGCGUAGCCACCUGGGCCUUAAACCUUUCGCCUGCGACUCCUGUGGCAUGCGCUUCACCAGACAGUAUCGCCUCACCGAGCACAUGCGCAUCCACUCAGGGGAGAAACCCUAUGAAUGUCAGGUGUGUGGAGGAAAGUUCGCUCAGCAGCGCAACCUCAUCAGCCACAUGAAGAUGCACAGCAGUGGAGGGGCUGGAGGGGGCCUGACCACAGAUGGGAAAUUGAAGCUGGACUUUGCUGAGGGCAUCUAUCCUCUGAGUAAAUACGCAGCAGAGCAUCUGGGGCUGAAGCAGGAGAAGGCGAAUGAGCUUCUCAUCCAAGCCCAGCAACAAAUGGUAGCUGAUGCAAAGGCCAUGGAAAGCCUCUACCCACUGUCCAAGCUGGCCUCGGAGCACCUGGGCCUCUCCCACGAUAAGAUGGAUGUCCUGGGCCAACCCCUCCCCCCUCCCCCACAGGCCCUUUCUGAAGCCCGCACCAUUGACCGCUACUCACCCAGCUAAGACCACAUGACCUGUGUAAAUGGCAAAAUCACCAAAAAGGUCUGUGUGCACACACACAACUUGCAGUAUUCAAAAGCCAUUCACCUCAACUCAGUUUCUCCUCUGCACCUCAGACUCAGACCAAAAGGAAUUGGUCUGUUGAUGCACACCAAAAUGUGUAGACUGUAAGUGCCUUUCUAUGCAUCUAAUGUAUCUUAAAGUCCUCCUUCAUAAAGGAGCGCUGUGCUAUUCCGUGACCAAGAGGGACACUCACUCAAAGAAGUACAGUAUUUAUGUACCGUGUAUGCAAACAAACAAUGAAAAAAAAAAAAAUUACAGCCAUUGAGCCAAAGUGACAAAUUGAACACCAAAAAAAAAAUUGUUUUUAUUUAUUUUUGUAUUAUGGUGAAAUCCAAAGAGAAACUGUUGCAAGGAAAUGUUGCAAUCUGACCCUAAACCUGUGUCCAAAAGGUUGUGUACAAAAAAACAACAACAACAACAACAACAACAACAACAACAAAAAAGCACAUAAGGACAAGAUUCAGGGUUUCGGUCCAGACCUGAGCGGAACUUUUUACCAAAUGAAUAAGCCAACUCUUCUGGACUUUAAAGUAAUGGGAGGAUAUAUAUAUAUUUUUUCUCUUUUUUUUUCUGUUUUUGGGGUACUGGACAAUUUAUGUAUCUCACUCUCCAGCUUUUCCAAAUCAUGUUCCUACUCACCCAAGACGCAAGGAAAUGACUGAACGAUAAGAGCACUUGCUGCAGCAUUUUGGUAAAGUCUCCUCUGCUUUAUUUUCUCCACGUUUUUUUUUUUUUUUUUUCAAGUAACCCACUCCCCCGCAUAUCCGUCGGGGUAAAGGCUCAUACUAUGUGACAGUAAUGGUAGCUUAAUCAGCCUUACAGUCAGUGUGUAACCCCUUCUUGAGCUAAAACUUCCUUUGCAUUUUGACUAACAUCCCUUAGCUUUCAGUUGUUACCGAGAUGCAGUACAGCCCUGUGAUCUCAUAACUGGGACAUGAUUGCACAUACCCAACUGUUGACACACUAAUCCCUGUUCAUGAUGAGUGUAGCUUCAUCUCACAGAGUAGACGAAGCAUGGGUGUUGCCUCUGACCUUUUGUAAUAUUUACAAUUGUGGAUGUGGCUGGGCAGUGAGGCAUGGACCAGGUCAGGAUUAAUGAGUCAGAAAUCUGUCAUUUACUGUCAAGAGAAAUUACUUAAUUCACAGCAGCCUGAUGAUUAAUCGGGUUGUGGCAGUAGUCAGAUACUGCUUUGCCACUCCACUGACCCUUCAUUUGACCUCCCUCCCCUGUAGCCUGUUGUCUGGGAGUCUGCUACUGUUGACAGGCCAAAGUGAGUACUGUACUCAUCCCUUAAAAACGCUCCACACACCACAUGCAUAUAUGCCACCAGCCCCCCCGUCUCUCUCCACACACACAUAGCGAGCUGCUAAUCUGUCCGCGAUAUGAACAUAAGAAGGGGUUUGCGGGUCUUCCCUUGGAAGCCAGCGGAUGAACAGCACAACCCAGCUGCUGUGCCUCAGUAAUCCCUGUGAAAUCUCACUUUCUCCUGGACAAUUCGCACUGCUCGCCAGGCAUGAUGUCCCAUUUCAUGCCUGCCAUCUUACCCCUCUGAUCCACUUAUUAACAUCAUAUCCGACCCCGAGCAAAUGUCUCCUGGUCUCAGCCUCCCUUCCAUGCUGGUAUCAUAUGCGGAAACAAAGAAUGACAUAUUUCUGUGUUGGCUGACCAACAGCUCCUCCAGCUUGAAAACAAAAGAGCACUUAAAGGUUGCGGGUAGACGGCACAUUUUUGUCUUUCAAUGUUUAUUCCAAAAAACAUGCUGGCCUUUUUCUUCUUUUCUUUUUUUUUUUUCUUUUUCCACUUUUACUGGUCCUUUAUUCAGAUUAGAAAUGUCUGACCACUAUAGUGCCAAUGCCAACCUCAGUGGGUGAAUGUGAAGACUAAAGCCAUAAAUACACUGUGAUAGACGUAGUGAAUCUUAAAGGCUUAAAAAAAAAAGAAAAAAAACAACAACAACAAUGUGCCUGACUUUUGGGAUUGUUUUUUUUUUUUUUUAAGUGUAACAAUAAUUUAAGGGCUUCUUCUCUGUAGCAUAUGAUCAUAUCAAACAUGUUGUUUUCUGUCACUUACUUUUCUUUAUUUUUGAUUUUUAACUGAAAGCAGCGCACGUGAAACUGGUGCUUACCUCAGGACUGAACCCAGCAUGGGGACGCUAAGCUUUACUAAACCUUCGUAUAACAAUGUCAACACACACACACACACUUACACACACACACUUACACACACACACACACAUAUGUUUUUUAUUUUCUUAUUAACAGGACAGUUGUCCUGUGUUAAACCUGUGGUUAUUUCUGUGUUUUAUACAUUUCUUGUUACAGUUUUAUGGUGGAGAGAUAACAUGUGAUAUUAACAUUUUUUUUUGUUUUUGUUUUUAUUUUUACUAUGCGGUAUACAUUUUCUAUUGUGUAGUCCUCAAAGAGGCUUGUGUCGGUCUGACCAAUUCCAUUGUUGUAACAUAAGGCAAAGUCAUUUUGGUAGUAUCUUAACUGGCUGUUUGUGAAUAUCUGAACCACACUUUAGCGAGUAAGGUGGCAUUUAUCUUUGGUUUCAGCAAAGUGUUUUUGAAAUGUUUCCACAAGACGUGAUGCAUCAUACUUACCUAAACAGACGAGCAGCGGCUUCGCUGAAAAAAAAAAAAAAAAAAAAAAAAAAAAAACCCAGCCUCGUAUUGUUUGACCCCUUUUCUCCAGAGGUUAGUGAACUUUAGAUGUGAGUCAGGCUGAGGCCGUACAUGCACACAAACACACAGGAAGCCAGCUUGUUUUGGAUGAGUAUUUAGGACUCUUGUCUGUUAAGCUCUGCAACAAAUAGAAAAAAAAAUAAAUAAAUAAAAGAAACAGUUUUAACAGUAAGAUCAUGUGCAUACGUGUUAAAAAAAAAACAGGCGGAUGUCAGACGUGGGAAUUUCAGUCCACUCCUUCUCCUUCUCAUUCACGAGUUUAAAUGAAAACCUGUCUCCUCCUUUUCCCUGCCAUUAAAAUAACACAAAGUGUUCCCACUGUCACUUCAAAUCUGUGCAGGAGGGAAGAGCAAGAUAAUGCCUGAACAUUUCUGUAGGAUGUGCACCGCCUGAAAUGUGCUUGAUUGCAUUAAUGCGUAUGACAGACAAGAGGAGGAGGUUUGUGUAUCUAUAGAGAGGGGAAGCGCUCACUUGUCUGUUUGUAUGUCCCCAUGCUAUUCGAACAUAUGAACGGCCUAUUAAUGCACGUCCUGGGAAUAGAGCUGGUGUGAAGGAGAAGAGCUGAGGAGCAGGAAGUGAACUUUUGCCUGGUGUGUUGUGUUGAGCAGGAUGUGCCGUGUGUUUCUGCUCAGAGGCAGAUAGAGAGACGGAGAAUGGGGAGGGAGAGGAGCAGGGAGAACGCAGCAGGGUGGACGCGAGCCAUUGUCUCAGUAUGAAAGCCUGUUCGUACUUCUAAAACUCUCCAUUCAGAAAACAAGUAGACUGUAUCUUCUCUUUUCCUUCCCCUUUUUGCUCUUUGGGAAUAAACCUCUGCUCAGUAUCACAGUGAUACGACAUCGCGGGCUUUCAAGGGCUGCGCGGUGAGGAAGCCAUUCAGACAUUUUGUUACAAUUCGAGGAUGUUGUGGAUUACAUUUUUUUGGCAUCCUUUUGGUUGGAGGAAUUCAUUAAAAUAUUUUCUCCAUAUUGUCUAUAUUUUCUGAAAAAUCAGGACAUGGCUGAUCAGUAUGAAGGGCCUGGAAGCUGUAAUGCACAUCAUAAUUAAAAAAGGCAGUAUUUCUUUUUGCUCUGCGGUUGCUUCAAUUAGUAAAAUAAAAUUACAAGAGCCUUGUUUCAAUUAACUGAUGUAGCCACUCACCCCAAGGGAGCUUAAGCCAUAUGCCUUUGUUAAUUUUUAUUUAUAUAACACACCAACCCAGAAAACAUCUCACUGCCACCAAAGUGGUUUAGAUGAUGUUUUGAAAGUAGUAAAAUUAGGCAUUGAAAGCAAUUAAUUAGUUACAUUAAUUGAUUUAAUGAAAUAUAAAUGAGUGCAGUAAGACAAACCACCAGCUAUGACGUUUUUUUUUUUUAUUUUAUAUUGUUUUUUAGCCCAUUUCAUUCCUUUCUAAUGUUGUUAUGGCAACCAUCCCAGGCCCGUAACUUUUAUAACACUAACAAUAUAGAAGUAAAAAAUGAUCUGGACGUGUUCCAGAGGCCCUGCGUAGACCAAAAAUGGUUCAAUGUAAAAAAAUGCAAAGUAUGCCUUUAAGCUUUCUACCAGCGGCUGCAGGCUGGGGUCACCUAUGUGACUCUGACAGGCCGAAUAGUCCUGAUCUGCAAUCAUACCGCUGUUUGACAUUUAUUGUAUUUCACAAAGUGUGCCAAAAGGACUGAAGCAGUUAGCAGACAUCGCAGAUGCUCAAAACAAAACCCAGCGACAAGCUUUGUAGUUUCCAUGCGUUGCAUUGUUGAGCUAAGCUUCUGACCAACUUUGACUUUGCCUUGUUAUGAAAGCCAUUAUCUGUGUGGUUGAUCAUGAGAGCACAGUUGCAGACAUGCCACUAUUGUCCAGUGUACAUAUUUCUUUUUAUGAGGACUCAUUUAAAUGUAAACUAGAGCCAAAUAAUAUCAAUAAUCAAGUCUUAUUUUGGUGUUCAAACCAAAAACCGCAUCUUAAGUCGACCAAUACAAAUGUGCCUUCAGUAUAUUACGCAUCGACGGUUCUGCAAUAACUUGUAUGCAUGUGUGUGUGUGUGAGUGUGUAGGUGUUCUGAUGUGGCCACAUAGUGCACCUGUCCAUUUACAUGUCUGAGUGCCUUUCCCACAGUGUAGCAGGGUGAAGUACAAGGGAGAGAUUUGACACUUUCAAGAGUCUUUAUUACAAGCAGCUGCUUUAGAUUUAUUUCCCCCGAACUGCACUUUUCUGGAAAAAUCAUUGUAUUGUGAUUUUUUUAUUACUCUCAUGAUCCCCUAGAAGUCCCACAAUUGCCUUUCCUCUGGCACUUUGCUUCCUUCGCUUUCCUCCUCUUCCUCCCUCCAGUGCAGAGCUUGGCCACGCUUGUUCACCGCCCUUGUUACCUCAAAGCACAGCUUCCCUCCUCACCUCUCUCUGUCCCUUCUCUCUUCUUACACUCAACACAAACCGCUGACCCACAGCGCCCGCUGCCUCCCUCCUCUCCCAUGAUCCACUUACUUCCAGCUGUUUUUCAUGCUGUAGAAGACAGUUGUCUAAAUGUUUAUGUGAAGAGCUACUUUCUUUUUCUUUAAGCCCUGAUCAAUUUCCAAAAUGAACUUUGUGGCAUGUGUUAAAAUACAGCAGAUGAUGGGCCAAAUAAAAAAAGUCUGACAUCGUUAUUGUAUUCUGAUCCUCAGGCCAAGAAACGGCUUACAAAGGGAGAUUAAAGACAGCAUAUCGUUGUAGAGGAAAUGCAGAAUAAUGUGAGGGGAAAUGUUCGGGGGAAAAUAUGCUCAGAAAGAUGCCAGUAAAGUAAACAUGUAUGAAAUUGCACAAUUGAGCCGGGCCUCGGCUGCACCAGCCAAGUCAUGCGCUGAGAUGGAGAGAGUAAGAGAGAAGAGCUGAGAGGAGAAGAAACAGAAACAGAGAGAAAAAUGACUUGUGCUUGAUAGCCAUAACUUUCGGUAAACAACAAAGAAAAGCUGGUUUGCUUUGUGUGUCUCCUUUUUUCCCCCCACCUCGUUCUCGGAGUUUACUCUCUGUUUCAUUUCCCUCUCGUAGGAAAUAAUCUGGUGAGGAAAUGAAGUUUUUUUUUUUUUUUUUUUUUUUUUUUUUUUUUGCCUUUUCAUUGUUGAUUGCUGCGGGUCAUUGUCAAGGUUUUAUAAUGUUAACGUCCAUGUCAGCGUACCCUCAGAGAUGUCAUCCUUUUUCCAGACCUAACAAUUAUCACCCAAUCAGCAGAUGACCCGCAGUAGGCUCUUUGUAGUUGAACGGGGCACGAGGGUUCUGGCGGCUCGUAGUGUCCUCCAUCUGUUUGGCUUGGAUCUCUGUUUCUGUUACUACCUUGAACACAUACAACACAGAAUAAGUGGGCUUUGAAUCUUUUUUUUUUUUCGUUUUUACAGUGUACAACUUCUGCUCCAGAGGUUUAAAUGGAAAGACAAACAAAGAGCAAGGACAAAACAAGCAGGAAUUUGAAAGAGGGAAAGUUGUUCGGGGUGAAGAUUUGAUUGUAUAUCUCAUACUCACACACAUAUAACAGAUGCACACACACACACACACACAUACAGCUGGAUGGCAGACCGCUGCUCCAGAUUAGGUCAGAUUUAAUUAGGCUGCCCUGCUCCGUUUGGAGUGUCGCUUCUUGUAGAAAAAGCCAUUAUUAAAAGAAAAGGUGAUUCCACUGACGGCUUCACUCUCUAAAACCUGUGCCAAAAUGUUACAGAGCCUCAGGGUCCUCACACAAAGAUACACACAUACGUACACAAAGACACACACGCACAAAACAUGUAUUCUGAUUUUUGGGGAGAGAAAAAAAAAGGUUAUGUGUAUAGAAAUGAUGGAUUAUGAUUUAAUGAAGAUCACUGUGAUAUUUUGAGGUGGUUGUAUCCGGCUGGUUGUGGUUCACGGAUAAGAAGGUUCAGCAGCAGUAACACAGACUGCCACGCAGACAGUAGUCGCUGUGGAUAGAUGGAAAAAAAAAAGAAAUACAUGACAGAAUACAUACAUCACCAAUUUACAAUGGAAAUUAGAUUUUGCAGUAGGAAGACAGGAUCUUAUUUCAUGAAGCAGACGUCCGUGUAACAUUCAAUAAUGUGUUUCAUUUCAAAGUGUUUCAUUUUGUGGUUUUAUACCAUGAAAACAAUUAAAAGCAAUACAUUAAACCAAACAGUAUUUUUGCAUUUUCUGCAUUUCAUUGUCAAUAUUGAUCUUACUUUGCUUUAGUGAAAUGAAUGUAUUUAUUGCAUGUCAAAAUGUUUUAUAGUUAAUUUUUUUUUUUGUGUGUGUGUAAAUUUCAAUUGUGGGUUUUUAUAAUAAUUUCAUUUAAUUAUGGUGUCUUGAUAAAAUCAUGUUGAUAAGGCUUUUAUUUUUUUAAAAGCCAAUGUGAAUUAUGUCAUGUUUUUUUUGUUUGUUACUAUACUCAAAAUCAACUUGGCAAUAAAGUGAAUUGCAUAACGGA